UUUAGAAUCCUGCGGUGAACACUGAGAAGAUUAUUAUCAGUAAAAACGAAUAAAUACUAUUAUUUACACUAUUAAAAUUCAGGAUCAGCCAAGAUGCUGGUGAGAAACCUAUCCAGAACACUAUGGAAAACACUUCGUGUGGAAAAACGCUGUUUUGCCUCUGAACCUGUGAAGCCACAACCUGAGGCAACUGACAAUGUUGAUCCUGUGCAGGCUGAAUACUUGGACAAGGAUAUCUGUCUCCUGGUGGAUGAUAAAGACAACUUUAUCGGCACAGCUACAAAGAGGGAAUGUCACAAAGUGGGCCCUGACGGCAAUGUGCUGCUUCACAGAGCAUUUAGCGUGUUUGUAUUUAACAAAAGAGGAGACAUGCUGUUGCAAAGAAGAGCAAGCCAAAAAGUAACAUAUCCAGACUACUACACAAACGCAUGCUGCAGUCACCCGCUGUACAUCGACGACAAGCCUGAGGAAGUGAUCACAGCUGCAAGACGCCGACUCAACCACGAGCUGGGCAUACCCCUAAAUGACAUGGACCCUGAACUGUUCACGUACAUGACGCGCGUGCAUUACCAUGACCCCGGAGACGGCGUGUGGGGGGAGCACGAGAUCGACCACGUGCUGUUCUUCCAGGCCGACGUCAAGGUCAAGCCCAACUCCGACGAGAUAUCAGAGUACUGCUUCGUGCCCAAGAACGAAUUUAACGCGUUUCUACCAACUCUCGAGGGCCCCAUCACGCCGUGGUUCAACAUGAUCCGCCGGCACCGGCUCAAGCUGUGGUGGGACAACCUCCAUCGCAUCAAGGAGGUCACAGAAGCGGACAAAAUACACAAGUUUACCACCUCCGAUAAAUAGUACCGGUGGGUGCAAGGGACAGAUUGGCAAAUUCUUUAGAUUAUAAUACUUGAACCAAAUAUUAUUGCCUAGAAAUGAAAACAAAACGUUAACUGG